AUGCGCUUCAGUGACGAAACAGCCAAACGUCCUCGGGAAUACGCACCCUACCGGACUUCCCUGGACGAGCAGGAUCUGCGUCUUGCUGAAGAGGAACUUCACGAGAACGAAGACACUCGGGAAGCGUCGAUGGCGCAAUUGCGAGAAUUUAUCGCCAAACACCCGCAAAUCGUACGGUGCCGCACGGAUCCAGUGUUCAUGUUGCGAUUUCUGCGUUAUCGGAAGUUCAACGUCACCGAAGCUUGUGCUACGCUAGAGGGUGGUCUAGCGUUUCUGAUGCGUAUGCGCAAGUUGUACGGCGCCGAAGUGGACACGUUCCACCCAAACGUACUGCGCAUGCUCGAUCUGGACGCGAUCGUACCACUUGGGUUUGAUCGAAAGCGCAGGAUGGCAGUUCUUAUCCGCGUAGGUGCGAUGGAUCCAAAGCAAACCACAGCCCUACUGCAGAUGCGCUUAGGUGCUCUCGUCAUCAACACCUGCUUGGAGUAUGAACGCACGCAAGUGCACGGAAGCGUGUGGAUCGUGGACUGUUCCGGCAUGACGAUGGCCCACGUGGGCAUGUGGAGCCUCAGUGAGGUUAAAAUGAUGGCGGACUCCAUCAACGAGGUCGUAACACUAUUCGUGAAGGAGGUCCACAUGGUGCGGGUACCACGCAUCACCUGGAUGCUUCUGGACGUGCUGCUCCCACUGUUGAGCCCCAAAAUUCGGGACCGGUUCAAGUUUCAUCGAUCACACGACGAGCUGUGCAGCUCCGUGGACACAUCCAUCUUGCCAACCAUCUACGGGGGUGAGCAGAGUUUGCGUGACGCAAGCGACAACUUCCGUGCCAUGUUUGAUAAGCAGCGCCCGUGGUUUAAGCUCGAAGAACAAUUCUCGAUGGAUCUAUCGAUACCGGCGCCAGGUUCCAGGACCACCGAGCGGAACGGGUUCUGUGGUGAAGAAUCCAUGGUGGGAAGUUUCCGGAAACUGACCGUCGAUUGA